UUUCAACACUGAUAGACCAACUUGACAUUACUUCUGUUUGAGAAUACCCUUCCCAUCUCGUGAAUGCUUUCAGACGGUGAAAUUGCUGCUGUUCCGUUAACCAAUGAUUCGAUUUGUCGUGAUAACCGACAAAGGUUCAGACGACUGUUUCACUGGGGACCCAUCAUAGCGCUUUUUAUCAUAUUCUACGUUGCAUUUUUUGCCCUUCGUUGUUCCAUUUAUCUGUCACCACCGACUCAGUCGCUGCCGGGCUGUUUUCAAUUCACAUUUAUUUCAUUCAUGCUCUACCGGAUCUUGCACUCCUAUUUCAAUGCCACAUUUCUCGGUCCGGGUUUCGUACCACUCACAUGGAAACCGUCCGAUGCGAAAGCCGAAGGCAAGUUACAAUAUUGUCAGAAUUGUAAGGGUUUCAAACCGCCUCGAUCCCACCAUUGCCGCUCAUGUCGCCGGUGUGUGUUCAAGAUGGAUCACCACUGUCCAUGGAUUAACACAUGCUGUGGGCAUUUAAAUCAUGGACAUUUCACUUGGUUCCUACUCUCUGUACCGGUGGGCUGUACAACCUCCGCGAUUGUUCUUGGAAGACAUGUCUAUAAUAUGUGGUUCAAUCUCCCCUAUUUGUUCGUCCGUCCACAAUUCACAAGCCUAAUCCAAAUAUUCACGGAGAUGUUCUUGGUCAUGUUUGCCUUUGGCCUGGCUGUGGGUGUCACUUUGGCUGUUGGGGGACUCGGCCUCUAUCAGCUGUAUUAUAUUCAAAAGAAUCAAACCGGAAUAGAAUCUUGGAUUGUUGCCAAGGCUAAUCACUGGCGAAAAGAAGCAGGCCUUCAACCAUUCCAAUACCCGUACGAUUUAGGACGGUGGAAUAAUCUUGCUCAGCUUGGGCGUCAUGGUAGUAUCUUAGCCCCGUAUGCUUCCUUCGGGUUACAAGUCAGGAGAAAUAACUCACCCUCGAUAGAUGAACCAAUCACACUGCAUAAUUUGCGCUGGUUUGGUCACGUGCUGCGUAUGCCAGUCGACCGACUUCCUCGAAGGGCUUUUUUCGCACAACCACGUGAAGAGUGGAUUAGAGCCAGAGGCGGUCAAACAAUGACUGGGCAGCGAAGUAUGAAAGCAAUUACCAGCAAACUCAGCUGCGCUGGUCACUGCCGUCUUCCUGGAUGGGCACCACGAGACAGGCCAUAUCAAUGGUUAGAGACAUUGUUAGACAUGGCCCAGUCGCACCCUCAAUGGUGCUAA